GUGAAGUCAAUUAUUUUGCACCUCAUGUUCAGAGUGACUACAAUAUCAUAGUUGAAUAUCAUAAUUACAUUUAUACAUACAUAUGUAUAUAUAUCAGUUGAGGAAAUGCUUAAGUACCAGCAACAUAAAAAUUGUGACAAAAGAUUGUGAAAGUUAUCUUUAAAACAAUAAUUAUAUGGUGAACUGAAGAAAAAAAUAAAUUAUAAAAUAGGAAGAACAAAAUUGCUAAACCAAAUGUACUAUCUCGUAGCGUACAGUUAGCAAUUAUUACAGCCGAAAGGCUGUAGCAAUCAUAAAAAAUAUAAGACGGAAAUAUAAAUUAAAUAACCAUAUCAAUAUCAGUAUAGCUUGCUGAAUAACCAACACAAACUUGCAGCAUAAACCACCCAAAAAUUUCAGCCCACGUUUAGAAAAUCAAUAUUAAUUCUAGUCUAACUGAAUUUUGUAUGGUGGCAUUUUGUAGCUGUCAGUAUAACUUUGAUUAUAUACAAAUGGCGAGUCUUCGAUUUUUUUAAUUUUUAUCGUGGAUUGUACUACGAAAUUCUACAGAAAAAUUAUAUAAUUGCCUAUAGCGGGGUUCCUGCUACAGAGGUUAGUUUAAUUAUACAAGCUGAUUCUGAAAUGGUAAAAGGUCACACUGGGACAUUUACAAUGCGCUUAGUUCGAAGUAAAUUACGCAAACGAGACGAAUCCCGUUCUGAAUACACAAAUGGUGAAGUCAAGGAUCAUCAGGACAGAGAAGAUGAUUAUCCAGCUCCAAAAAAUUUUGAAAAUUCUGAAACACAGGCCAAUAAAACUUGUAACACUUUUAUUAAAGACAACCAACAUGUAACGUUCCUUCGAACUAGUGGCGUUACUGCUGAAGUUGUUGAACACGCAGAUGUAACAGAAAAUCCGGAGUGGACGUUUCCCCCAAAAGCACCAGUACCUCAUAUCUAUCAUAUAAAUCAGGAGAUGUUGGUAGCUAACGAAAAAUUAGGCUUUAGAGGAUUUCGCAAACAGUUCAGUGGUCGGUUUAAACGUUUAGUUGCUCGAAAGCUUGAGCCUGCACCAGUGAUACCCCCAGAACUAAAACCGCAACUAAAAACAAUAUAUGUAUAUUAAAAAAUGUAUAUAAAU